AUGAUUCGCCAGCUGAAGCUCGAGACUCCUCGGGUCCGCGAGUUCUGGGGGCUGCGCGCCGCGCUAGCGCAGGCUCAGGAGGAGUCGAAGGCGGAGCUUCGCCAGGAGCGGCAGCGGCUGCGGAGUGCAGAGGCGCUGCUCGCGCAAGCCGAGCGCUACGAGGGUGGUGCGAGCUCCGAGGCCGUGGACGGGCUGCGGUGCCGCCUGGAGGAGCUCGCGCGAUCGCACGUGCAGGUCGGCGAGGUGGAGCUCAGCGAGGCGAGGGGUGCUCUCGCCAUCGCCCAGGAGAAGCUGUCACGCGAGCAAGAGGCGGGCCAUCGGCUGCGCUCGGAGCUGGCCGCGGCGCGGGUGAGCGUGGAUGUGGGCGCAGCGACGCUGGAGGGCGGCGCGCGUAAGAGCUACGGCGGUGCGGUAAGCAGCCUGCUGGGGACGGGCGGCGACGAGGGCGUCCGGCAGCAGCUUCGCGACACGCAACGCUGCCUGCAGUCCGCGAUGGUCGAGCUGACCUCCCUCGCUGCGCGGAGCGCCGAGCAGGCGGCGGAGCUCGAGUCGCUGCGCCAGGCGGCGGCCACCGGCGGCGCUGCGACGCCGCCGGCCUCUAGCCGUUGCGCGGCGGCGCCGAGCGGCGGCGCUGAGCUCGAGAGGGCUCGCGGCGCGGCGGCGGAGGCGCAAGCGGCGCUCGAUGCAGCGGUGGCGGAGGGCCGGGCGGCGGAGUCCGCGCUGUCCGGCGAGGUGAGGAGGGCGGAGCAGCGCUCUUCGGAGGCGCAGCGGGCGCACGGCGCAGAGGCGCGCCGCUGGACUGCGACCCUGACGGCGGCGCGGGCGGCGGCCUCUGCCGAGGCGGCUGCGGAGAGCGGUGUGCGCUCGUCCCGCGCUGCGGCGCGCAAGGCGCUCGACGAGGCGGAGCAGACUCGCGCCGAGCUGCAGCGAGAGGCGGCCGGGGCGGCGGAGACGCUCGCGGUGGAGCGGCGGCGUGCGGCCUCCCGCGCCGCGAGAUUGCGGCUGCGGCUGACGUUCGCGCUGUCGAUGGAGCGGCUCCGUGCAUCUGCCGCCCGGCAGGGGGCGCGGGAGGCCAUCGCUCGCGGGGCCGCAUACGCUGCGGCGUGCGACGAGCUGCUGGCGAGAGUGGAGGAGCUGACGACGCGUGAGGAGGCGGUCGCGGCCGGCCAGGGCGGCGGUUGGGAGGCGGAGCGGGCGGAGCUGCUGCUGCGGUGCGAAGAGGCGGAGGCGGAGGCCGAGUCGCUGCGUGAGCAAGCGGGCGCGCAGGCGGAGGUUGCUCGAGAGCGCGAGGUGUGCGGCCGGCUCGAGGCGCAGCUGGCGGAGGGCUCUGCCGACGAAGCGCUCAGCCAGCAGCUCGAGAGGCGCUUGGCGGACGGGGCUCUCGACGAGCUGCGCGCGUGCGCGGCGCGCGACCGUGACGAGGCGCGCGACCGCUUCGCCGCACUUGAGGCGGAGCUGUCGGGUGCGCGGGCCGGCGCGGGCGAUGCGCGUGAGCAGGCCGAGGCGAGCGCCGCCGCGGAGCGCGAGGCGGCCGCGCAGGAGGCGCACCGGUCGGCCCUCGCCGCCGAGCGAGAGCGGCUCGCGCGGUCGACGGCGGAGCUGAGCGACGUGUCGCGCUGCCUGGGCGAGCGCGAGGCGCAGCUGCUCGAGCUGCGCCGCGCGCGCGAGGCGGAGGCGCGCGAGGCCGAGGCGCGCGCUCGCGCGAGCGAGGCUGAGGCGGCCGAGGCGCGCAGGCGCGAUCGCGCGCAGGCGCAGCUUGCCGAGCUCGACCAUGUGCGUGGCGAGGCGGCCGGCCAGAGGGAGCGUGCCGAGCGCAUAGAGGCGGCGCGCAGCCGCGAGCUCAACGAGGCGCGCAGGCAGCAGUGGGAGACGCAGGCCCUGGCGGAGCAGUCUCUGGACCAGGCGAGGCGCGCCUUGGCGGCCGAGCAGCGGUCGGCACAGGAGGGUCGCGCUGCCGCUGCAGCGCAGCUGGCGCGUGCGGAGGCGCAGCUCGGCGCCGAGCGCGCACGCGCGCAGGGCCGGGAGGCGAGCUUGGCCGCGCGACACCAGGAGCUCCUUGCCUCGCUCCAGCGCGAGCGGGAACGAGCCGCCCAACUCCCGCCGCAGCAACUCCCGCACCAGAGCCAGCCGAGCGGCGGCGACGCGGCGCAGCUCCGCGCUGCGCUCGCGGCCAAGCGCGAGGCGGAGGAGAGCGCGCAGCAGGCGCAGCAGCAGGAGCCCUCCUCUUCCACGCCGCCUGUCCCGCUCGCUUUCCGCACACGAAAGGCGGCAGCACCAGCCGCCACCCCUGCCGCCACCCCUGCCGCGCGACACGGCUUCGGUCGCAGCGUCGGGGUGGACUCCGACGAGGAGGACGACGAGGCGUCGCCAUUUCACGGAGUGUCGCGCAGCGGCGGCGCGCCGCGCGUCUACGAGCCGCCGUCACGCGACGGCUCCCUCUUCUCUAUGGGCCGCGUGCGGCAGCUCUUCUCGAAGGCGGGCCUCGAGGUCUCGCCCCGCAUCCUUGCGGCUCUCGGCGGCAGCGGUGGCCGCCGCGGCGGGGGCGCAAAGUACGGCUCGCAGCUCCUCCGCACCCCUGCGGCCAACUCUCGCCAAGGCUUGUCAUCGAGCAACUCCUCUCGCCAAGGCUUGUCAUCGAGGUCGACCGGCACCGCGCUCUCCUCCGCCGAAGGACCUUCAACGAAACGGUCGACCUACACUUUCUAG